AUGGCGCGGCCGAACUUUCUGAUCAUUGUUGCCGACGACUUAGGCUUCAGCGACUGUGGCUGCUUCGGAUCCGAGAUUCAAACACCCAGAAUCGACGAAAUUGCUCAGGAACAGAAUGCACUGCGUUUCACAAACUUUCAUGUGGCGGCAGCGUGCUCGCCAACUCGGUCAAUGCUGAUGACAGGAACCGACCAUCACCUUGCUGGCCUCGGAGAGCUUGCCGAGUUUACCCGUAGCUCUGUCGCUCAUCAGGGUCAGCCUGGCCAUGAAGGAUACCUGAAUGAUCGCGUUGUUGCUCUUCCAGAGCUCCUGCAGGACGGCGGUUAUUACACUAUGAUGGCUGGGAAAUGGCAUCUGGGGUUAAAGCCUCAACACUAUCCCAUUCAUCGCGGCUUUCACAGGUCCUUUGCCCUUUUGCCCGGUUGUGCCAACCACUAUGGGUAUGAGCCACAGUAUGAAGAUCAGGACCACGCAGAUCGUUUUUUCGAAACGGCCACUCGAGCUUUACACGUCGAGGGUAGUGAGGUAGCAGAGCUUCCGGAACAGUUCUAUUCCUCGGACGCGUAUGCCUCCAAGCUCAUAGAAUACCUUUCUGAGCGAGACGAUAAUGAUGCUAAGAAGCCAUUCUUUGCCUAUCUUCCAUUCUCCGCCCCUCACUGGCCACUACAGGCCCCGAAGGAGGUGGCAGAUAAAUACAAAGGCAUGUAUGAGAAUGGGCCACAGGUUCUCAAAUCGGAACGUGUUGAUCGUCUGAAGAAGCUUGGUCUUGUUGACCAGGACAUUAUUUCGCAUCCAAUCGUACGUGUCGGUGAGCAAGAGUCUCAGCAAUGGGAGGAUUUGCCACAAGUGACAAGGGAAAGCUCUUCGAGAGCUAUGGAAGUAUACUCGGGCAUGGUAGAUCGCAUGGAUUGGAAUAUUGGUCGAGUUAUCGACCAUCUUCGUAAGACGGGCGAAUAUGAUAACACCAUGAUUCUGUUCAUGUCGGACAACGGAGCUGAAGGGGCUUCCUAUGAAGCACAGCCGAUUCUGGGAGACAAGGUGGCUGCCCACAUUGCCAAAUACUAUAACAACUCUCUAGAUAAUAUUGGUCGAGGCGAUUCGUUUGUAUGGUACGGAGCGCUGUGGGCGCAAGCGGCGACGGCGCCAUCCAGGCUGUUCAAGAUGCAUUCAACUGAAGGCGGGUGCCGCGUGCCGCUCGUUGUCAAGCCACCAAAGAGCAAAAACGUCUCAGAUGCGCGCAUUACCAAGGCGUACUGCACAGUCAUGGAUAUCGUGCCGACUGUUCUGGAAAUGGCUGGUUUAAGUCACCCCGGCACAUAUUACAGGGGCCGAGAAAUUGCUGGUCUGCGGGGAAAAAGCUGGUAUCCUUAUUUGCGGUCUCUGCAUGCAGCGGAAGGUGAGAAGAAGCGCUGUAAAGAUGAGGAGUUUGACAUCCAUGACGAUACAUAUGUGACGGGCUUCGAAAUUGCUGGCUCGGGAGCCCUGAGACAAGGUCACUGGAAGUUGGUAUUUGUGCCUGCACCACGAGGGCCCCAGGAGUGGGAGCUGUUCCAUAUGAAGAAAGAUCCUGGAGAGACAAAGAACCUUCGUUACGCAGAGCCGGCUAAGUUUGCCGAGCUGAUGCGCCUGUGGGAGGAGUACAAGGCGGAGGUGGGAUGCAUCGGAGUGGCAGGCGAGUUCCCCGAGGCGGUACAGGGACAGCGUGCGUCGCUUAACGACGAGUUCGCGGAUCCAUAUAGCUGGAUCAAGUUCAUCGGCCGGCCGAGUCUUGUGCCGGGUCAUUUGGAGCAUAUUCGAGUCGUGAUGGACCCAACAGUGAGGAGCAGAGUGGCGACUUAG